UUGGCACUUGGCAUAUUGACAGCUGUAUUGUAUUGAUUUCUUCCAGUUAAAUCAGCCCCAUUUCCCUGAUAUCCAAAAUAUCUCCCCAAAACUAGUUCUUAGUUAAUUUCAAAACUUUGAUCCGAGUUCGUCAUGGCAGCGAAAAUUCAAGAAGCACAGCAACAUUGCAGAGCCGCAGAGAAAUACCUUAAGACAUCUUUCCUCCGAUGGAAGCCGGACUACGACUCGGCAGCGGACGAAUAUAACCAAGCAGCCCAAUGCUACCGGAUCGCCCGGGACCUCCAGAACUCCAAAGAGUGCCACCUGAAGGCCUCGGAGAACUACAAUAAGCACAAGGCGUUCUUCCACGCAGCGAGGGCUCUGGAGAGUGCCAUAUUGGUUAGCAAGGAGACCAGUUCUCCUGAGGAGGUGUAUAAUCUAGCUACGGAAGCAGCCAGCCUGUACCAGCAACAGGGCUCCGGAGACUCCGCCGCUGCAUGCCUAGACAAGGCCGCCAAAAUCAUAGAGGAGCGCUCACCGGAACUCGCUUACAAACUGUUUUCUCAAGCGGCCGAUGUAUCUUCAGGUGAAAGCAGCCAACAUCAAGGUGCGGAAUACAUCAGCAAGGCGUCCAGGCUUCUAGUCAAGUUGCAAUGGUACGACCAAGCCGUGGACAGUCUCCGGAGGGAGAUCGGUUUCCACCAGGAGAGCGGCAACACUGGCGCCAUCGGCCGCCUCACCGUGGCCGUGGUGCUAGUCCAACUGGCCCGGGGCGAUGCCGUGGCGGCAGAGAAAGCGUACAAGGAAUGGGGCAACAACUGCGAAGUGGCCGAAAUGCAGACGAUAGAGCAAUUACUAUCGGCAUACGACGAGGAGGACCGCGAGUCCGCCAAGAGAGCCCUAAUGUCGCCUUUUAUAAGGAGCAUGGACGUGGAGUACGCUAGGCUAGCACAGUUGGUGCCCCUGCCAGAAGCAUUAGAGCCCACGCCCAGCGCUGGGGUCCGUGAGAACGCCGCACCUUCGUACGUCAGUCCCAACGCCUCCAGCUGCGAGCGCGCGUCACCAGAAGGCGACAGUAGGCCCGACAACGUUUCGUACGAAGCUCCCGUGCCACCUCCAGAUGAAGAGGAGCUGUGCUAGACAGUAACGAUGGACACAUUAGGCCAAUGCAUCGCACCGACAGUAUAUCUUGUGAUUGAAUAACGCUUACGAUCAUACCCCGUGGUUUUGGGUGCGGGAAUGGUUUUCUGUAUUUAAGAUCAAUGUGGGUAAGACCGUCUAUAAGCUCUUAGUUACGUUGCUUCUAACAAGUUAUUCCUACUAGUUACCAACAAGUUGUUACCAGUGGUAACUACUGGGAUUUUUUUACACCUUUUACAACUGGUAACUAAGUAUUUACUGGGGAAAAAUUAUCAGUAGUUACCACCAACUCGGUUUGGUGUAAAGAUUUAUUUAUUUAGAGCGGAAAUUAUCGUUAUCGAAAAAAAAUACUAUAAAUUCGCUCAAGAUCCUUAUUUAUUACAUAACAACAAAUUAAACAAUUUUGACUCUAGAAUAAUAUCGAAUAUAAUAUAAAUCGAAGUAUAAAUUGUACAGAUAACACUUUUUUUUUGUACACGUAAAAUUGAUUUUAUAGCAAUUGGUCUACAGUUGUAGUGAAUAAUUAUUUUCCAUCGUAUUUUCACGGAAACGUACCAGCGUGUCUAGCUAUUUCAGUCAGUCGGUGCAAAAAGUACUGACGUUGACCGAAGUAGCAUGACGAAUACGAACGUUUCCGAGAAAAUACGAUGGAAAAUAAAUUAUGCACUACAACAUCUGUAUACAGUUGUUUAGGUAUUAUUUUAGAGCUAUUACUUAUGUCACAUAAGUUAUGUGGUAAGGCCUUUCUAAGGAUGUGGUAGAUAUAGUUUGAUGUACAUUGUUUGUUACUUUAAGGGGAUUAAAUCGCCUGUUUAACCUCUUCUUCCUGUAAUAUUUCUAUUGUUUUCUGUAAUGAGGUGUGCAAUAAAGAGUAUUGGUAUUGUAUUGUAUAUAUGUAUAUUGAAUUUUUUACAUUUUGCUGACAUUCAUGCAUCAAGGCAGUUUUUUGCGCUAGUGGCGUCCCCUACGCAGCGUUUCGCGUAAUAUUCCCUAUUACUUUUUGAUGUACUUGUACUUGCGCAAAUUAUUUGACGAAUGAAAUAUUAGCCUUUUUAAGAAAUCGAGUAUUUUAAAUAGAAAAUUAUUUAUAGGUAUUAUAAAUUAUGAGGUAGAGUAAAUCGUCACUGAUACCGUAAUAACUGGCCACUGUUUAAUAACUUAAUAACCACCUUAAUUUAUACUAAAAUGAAUUCUAUUCACCCAUAAACAUUCAUUUUAGUAUAAAGUUUCAAUAACUGGCCACCAUUAAAUAACUAGGAACCACUAAAUUUUAUUAUGUUUUAUAGCUGAACAGAAUUCAUUUUUAGUAUAGGGUGGCCAGUUAUUGAUGACACCCUAUAUAGUAUUUAAAAAAUACAUUUAUAAUGUUGCAUUUUACUAUAUCAAUAAGUGUAGGUAGUUAUGUUUUGUGAUGCGUCAUUUUAAGGAAAAGCUAAAUAUAGUUGGUCAAGCAGAUCUUGUUAGUAGAAAAAGGCGACAAAUUUGAAUAAUGUAGGUGCGAAGGGAUAUCGUCCCAUAGAAAAUUUGAAUUUCGCGCCUUUUUUUACUGACAAGAUCUGCUUGACCAGCUAUAUGUUAUUAUAAAUAUUAUUUGGUAGAUACAGAUGUGUGGCUAGCCACACAUUGGGACCUGUUUCUUACACAUUAGAUUAACCCGGGGAUUACACAUUGAUUACAAUUCGUUUAUUGCAUUAGAAAUAAAGUAAACAAUAUUGAUGUGUCUUUUUAUUGAAAAACACGUUUUAAAAAUAAGUCACGGCAAAUAUGUUACAAUUACAAUUAUGAAUCUAAUACGAUCAUUUUAUAUUCUUCUGCUUUCGUAAGUAAUAGUUUGGUACUGAGUUUUAAAAAGCGUUAUUCAAUUAAAAGACAUGUCACGAUCGCUUACCAUCUAUCUAAUGCUAAAAAACCGGUCAAGUGCGAGUUGGACUCGCGUUCCAAGGGUUCCGUACAUAAGUCCGACUCACGCUUGACUGACUGACUAUUAUCUAUAGGUAAAGUACUGUUAUGUGUAUUUUUUUUCAAAAUUUUAGACCCAGUAGUUUCAGAGUUGAAAGGGGGGGAGGGGGGCAAUGGUCCUUUCCAGGUACGGAACCCUAAAAACGAACUAUAGUGUUUAUUGCGAGUUCGUAGUCACCUGCAAUAAUAUGUUACACAACGAAGGCCGCAAAAAUAUCUGACACGAUCUUAUCUGUAGAGCCAUAAGAGCGUGUCACAUAUUUUUGCGGCCUUCGAAGAGUAACAUAUUAUUGCAGGUGACUGUACAUUCAUUUGAUACUUGCGUUUAGUGCAAAUGUAUGAACUCGCAAUAAAAAAUAAUCAAUAUGAAAACAGGCCCCAAUCUGAGGCAACUACACAUCAGUAUUUACUUUAUAAUAUGUAUAUUAUGUAUCAAUAAUCACGUUAUAAAUAAAGUAAUAAUAAGCUCGUACUCACGUUAUUGUUAUAAAGCUUAAGAUUCCUCUUAAGGUAUAGUCUAAUAAAACAUGGUCUUCUCUUCCCAGAGUGACACAAGCCUACGUCACAAUAACAUGGCCGCUAUAUAUAGCGCUAUCGGCCUAUCGCAUAUUAUCAUAUAGCGCUGUCGCAUGAUGACGUAGGCUUGUGUCAGUCACGUGACCACGAAAAGACGGGAAGAGAGUACCAGACGGAGUAUAUUAUUAUACCAUGAGAGGAAUAUAUCAUUUGCUCGAGAAUAUUAAAUAUGUUAAACUAAUUUUAAAUAAUCGUGAUUUUUGUCAAUUCAAAGCUUUAUGUCUAGAGUAAGGAUGCUAAGCGUGGAGAAUUUCGUAGUUACAUUAACCCGCCUGUUCUAUAUAUUGCUGUCAGCCCAUGAAGGCGGCGGUCAAUGCCUCUGUGCGAGCGGGAUAUCAAUAUGAUUAUUAUUUAUUUAGAAUUUUAAUUCAGGCAACAAAAGCCCAUAUUACAUAUACCUUACAUAAUGUAUUUUAUAAACUUAAAAUAAAACUAAACACUAUUUAUUUGACAAAACGGCGUGGCUCAGUUGCAUCGGCUGCUCUUGAGUCGGAUUCGGCAGUUUGCCCCGGAACCUCCGAAACACGACACCUUUCGGCCAGAAGUCGGCGCACCAAAAGAGUUGAAGUGCGCCUAGUGGCGCGAUCGAAGCUGGAACACCCUCAGCGUGUAGCCGGUCUUCUGGUGUACAUACUCCACCACUUCAGCAGCCGUGGCGGUAUAAUGCAGGCGCGAUACGUACAGCACCUUACUCGGUGUAGCAAUCCGCAAUAAUAAUGUGCGUGCGAUAGAGAUAAGUACAGGCAGGGUGUACUAAAUUCUUCUUGCUUAAUGUCAAACUCUUGCCGCCUGAGCAUAGAGAAAAAAUACAUAGAGUGCUCACUGCAUACAUUAUUAUAUUCAUAAUUAGUACCAAAACGACUUUUAUUUUCGUAGUCGACAUCUAACAUCGAGUAGCAGAAUUAUGAGUACUGCUACUUGACAAUAGAUGUUCCGACGGCGGAAAAUUCUAAUGCUCAACAAUUUUCAGAUAUCAAGUAGAGGUACUGCCGGCCUAGCCAAGGUUACAAUCGCUAUCGCUUCGACAACGAAAAGCAUUAUGUCUCUCUAUCACUCUUCCAUAUAAGUGCGACAGUGAAAGUUGCGUUUCGAUCGCUACGGAGCGUAAGCGAUCGGCAUCUUGGCUACGCGGCCAGAUAAUUCCGCUUAUCCGCUACUCGAUGCUAGAUGUCGACUGCGAAAAUAAUAGUCGUUUAGGUAUCAAAACUGAUGUAUGGAGUGAGUACUCUAUUCUUACUGUAUUUAUCUUUGCGCUUGAGUUAAACGGCGGACUUACAUAUAGUAGUUUUAAGUGUGGACCACAGACAAAACAUCCUCCAGACUGAGCAUAGUCGCGCUACCCUCUGCCACGCAUACGGUAAUUUUACUCCAUGUUCGAGUCGAAAGUGUCUGUGUGACGUCCGUGUCUUUGAACGGACCAAUCACGGCACGGGACUUCGCUCAGCUUGUCCCGCGCACCCCCGCAUUUUCGGCAUCAUCGGUUGCAUGAAAUAAUCGCUCUAAACUCGGUCUAGAGGAUUCCUAGUCUAUGGUGUGGACUGACGAAAAUUAGUACAAUGUCCCUGUAAAUCCCAAUCAAAGAAUAUAAUACUCGCUAUCCCAAUGCCAAAAUUGAUUUGUCAAGAUUUGCUCUAAAAUGAUUGACCAUGAGAAAUUUUAAAAUAAUACCGGACAGAGAGACGGACAUGGCGAAACUAUAACGGUUUCUAGUUGACUACGGAACCCUAAAUAUGAACUGUUAUAUAUACCAUCAUUUGACGCGAGAGAUUUAAGAUCACAUACUCGAAUUCCGACGUGUCGGAAGCCGGUGUUGCUCGAAGUACUCGAAUGAAUCUGUCAAAAAGUAUCGCCAUCUACUCGAAAGUAGGCCAAAGCAUAGGCCAAAAGUAUGGCGUCAUCUCUCGAAAAAAUGGCACCAUCACCAUACCUAUCCUCGACUAGAUGAUGAUACUUUAUGACAUUUUACAAAUUUAACACAUCAGUCAAAAAAUACGGAUCAAAGUCAAAUGGCGUUCUAAAAGUGUUAAUCAUUUGUGUCGAAAGAUGGCAGUAAAUUACUGACUUCAUAAUUUACUUUGACAAUAUUCCUUUAUCACCAUUUCACUAAUCCGGGGUUAACCGGUUAAACCUGGAGUUACCAUGGUUACCAGUACAAUUUGACACUGGGUUAACGGUUUAACCGGUUAACCCCUGGUUAGUGGGAUGAUGCAAGCGACCCUUAGUCUAAAUUCUCUUUGAUAAUAUUUAAGUAAGGGUCAAUUCAUAACCGAUAGCGCCAUCUAUAGGCGGCCAUAUUUACACUGCUUUACGUGUCAUAUUGUUAAUUUGUCUGUACGUGACUCGGAGUAAUUAACAAUGGAGCCGCCAUUAACAGGCAUUCCCCUCUGUCGAAAAUAGGCGGCCAAUGGUCAACCAUAUGUAUGGACUGACGUUUAUCUGACAUGACGUACCUAUACAUUUGAUGUGCCCCUCCCCCGCAAAAAACGGCAGACUAUUUUGUACCGAAAAUUUUAGACAUGGCGUCUCCGUUGUUAAUUACUCCGAGGUACGUGAGUAUUGUAUUCUUUGGUCUGUAGUGUCUGUACCCAAGCAUAAAAAACGUGUUUUUCUAAGUCGCCUCUUAUUUUAAUUCCAUGAAACACUGUCAUUGUCAUGCAUUUUUUGAGAGUCAAAAUAUAGCUAUUAGUCAAUUUUGUACAGUUAGCGUCAUAUAGUAUGUAGCAUCCAAUGUAGGUAUUCAAAUAGUUCGGUACACCAUAUUAUUUGUAUGGCGUACCGAACUAAAUUAUUUUAAUACUUUGGAUGGAUACCCACCAUACGAGGCUGACUGUACGUGAAAUACGUUAACGUUGAUAAAGUCAUUUGACGAUCAGAAUUAUUGAAAAGAACUCUGUAAUAAAUAAAUAUAAUUACAAGCAUG